AGCAGCCCCCGUGCAGGCCGCUGCUCUACUUGUGCGGCACAGGACUAGAUAUAUCAGACUUCUCUAGUACUAGUGAGCUAGCCCUCCCGUAGAGGCAAGAAGAGAGCAAUCAUGGUUGUAUCAGAGAAAAGUAGUAGUAGCAUGCAUCUCAUCAAUCUUCACUGUGAAUUCUAUGCAGAGUGAGGUAAAACGGUAGUAACUUUGGCGAAAGAUAGAAAAUGUCGAUCGAUUCUUGCAACAGCACGCCUGGGGGACUAGAUAGUGGUCAGUCAGACUCUUCUUUUUCGGAGAAGAAGCAAAGUAGCACACAAAAAAGGAGUAAACAAAGCCCGCUGGUCCCACCGGAGAAGAACGGAUUGCAGCAGCCGUCCUCGAGAACUACGGGUGUAGUUGAAAGUGUCAGCGCCAGCGUUGCCAAAUUACCACUGUUCGACACGAUUUUGCUUGUCCUGGCGGUUGCUGCGCUCUCUGUCCUUCUCUGUUUUUCCGUUUGGGUGCUCUGCUUAUGAACUGCAAAAGUAUCGUACUCGUAUAAAUGCAUGACAAAUUUCCUCAGCAUGAGAAAUGCAAUUUGUAUAUGCAAACUUACCUCAACAAAAGGAUUUGUAAUGCAUGAUUGCAAUACGAGUGCGAUACUUUUGCACAGGAUAGUGCUCCAAAUUCUACGACGACGUUUGGACGGCGGGAAAAACGCUCACACCCGAACAGAAGCGCGCGCAGACGUUCUACCAGCACGUGAUUACCGUGUUGGCGGCAGUGGCGGUUCCUUUGUCCUGCUGGUGGCUGUACCGCACCGAAAGGCCGCAACUCCACAGCAAGCUCGCGGAGGACGAUUCGUUGGUCGGCACAGAAGAUACGACAGGACGAGCAAAAGUUGGACAACUUGUCAUGUCGGGGGACGGCAUGUCACAAAAGAGGGAGGUGGAAGCCGUCGAGCGUGUUGGGAAAGUGGGAAACUACACGGGUCCAGCGUCGCCCUCAUCAUCGGGAGCUCUUCCUGGCGGAAAAAAGGGUACUUAGUACUUAUUUUUGUUUUUCAUCCUGGGUGCGCGAAGGCGAUUUCACUGACUUUGAGUCAUGCAGCAUGCACGUGCAAUAAGAAAGAGAAGGUCAUUUAUGUGGUCUACUUUGCGGGAGGAUGUAUAAAAAUGAUUCGGUGCGAGCGUAUAAUUUUCAAUCUGAAACGAAGUAAUUCUUUAUGUAUCAGGUCUCGCAAACGGGGGUCGCCGAAGCCGGUGCGCUCGAUACCGACGUUCCUGUCACCGAUUUUGGGAGAAUCUGUACGAAAUUCUGAAGUAUUAUCUGCAUCCCAGCAGUGGUGCUGCGCUCGAGCAGCAGGGAGGAGGUGCGCCCCUGGGCGAUGACGACGCCUUACUGGACGCUUUUGACUCUGAUCGAAAGAAGAAUCGGGCGAAAAAUCAAACGGGUCAGAAUCCGCCGAAAAAAAGGACUCAAGGGACUGCGUCGACGGGCCAGUCAAACAAGAAAGGCUACAAUAGUAGAGGGACAGAGCCAGGCACGCCUAUGAAAAAAGCGAUGACUAGUAGCAUCAGCAAGGGGGCAGGCGAAACAGAUGUUCCUGUCGAGGCGCUCGAAGAUAGAGUUGCUACCGCCGGCUCUGAAGAAAUUUCCCCGGCAACAAAUAACGUCAUCAAAGCGGGCACCGUCGAUACAGUAGCGGCGAACGAAGAUGAUGAAGACAUUUUGAGUGCUCCCAAUAAAGCCAGCAGCGCAAAUCUCAGUAAUAAUGCGAAGAAGAGGCGUGCCAAAAAAGGGCGUGACGGAGUUAUCACCGCGGAAACUGGUGUAGAACAACAACCGCUGGAUGCGUCCCAAAAGCCGACGGUAGGAGGGCAGGCCGACGGCAGUACGACUGCAAAAGCCGUCUCGGCUGCUGCCAUUGAGCCUGACUUCAUUCCGCCACUUUCGCAGGAGUUCCAGAAGGUGAAGAGCACGAGACGAAGGAAAAAAGCUGCGGGAGACGAGACCGCAUCAGGUCUGCCUGUGGGCACGGCGGCGUCUUCUCCAACUGUCACGUCGGUGGCUAGCAGUCCGGGGCUCAUAGAAGACCCAGUCGGGGCCCCCCAAAAAGAUUCGCAACCCCUCGUCUCUGCAGGCCGCAGCCGCACUGCUGUAGCAGAAGACAAGGCCGCAGCGAAGCAAGGAUUUGGCGCGGCCUCUAGUUCCUCCCCCAUCAGAUCCGGUGUAGUACACAAAAGCGGCGCGCUGCCAGGCAGCAGCAACGCAGGUGCGGGAUCGCACCGUGCAGAUCAGCAGGCCCCCACAUCACCGGCCGCAUCAAUAUCCUCUCCGACUGCAGAACAACACGGAUCCCUUCCGUCGAGCCCAGUGGCCGCUGCUUCAACGAAAAUCGAGUCUGCGCUUGAGGAGCCGUUCGACGACAUUCCCCUACGCAGCACGGGCGGCUCGCGUGGCGGAGCGGGCGGAAGCACCGCCCCCUAUGGUCGGGGAAAAAACACACCCACCGGACGCAAAAAAAUGGGCAAUACAUCUCUGGACUCUCCCCUGAUUGUUACCCAGGAAUCGGUCGACCGGGACAUUCAAGAGCUCCGGGCGCUGGAACAGGUCGCCAGGAUGCCAGCGCUCACAGAGAGCGAGGAAACAAAUGCUUCUAGCGUCAUGUCGAAGCACGAGCUUGACAAUUCUGUUGCGAACGGCACCAAGCAUCAGGCAGGGGAGCGCGCCGCGAAAGAAGGCACAGCAAGUGCCAAGCCAUUGUCCCCGCGAUCGUCUUCUUCGUCACAAAUCCGCAACCAUGGCGAGCCGGAAGAGAAGAAAGCCGACAGUAAGCAGCUUCCUGCAACGAUGGGGCCUUCGUCAUCGGCAAGUACGAGUGCGGCUCCUGGAUCUGGAAGUAAACGCAACCACCAGCAAGAGGCACAAAGGAGUGGCGAGGUCAAUGCGGGUUUGGGGGCCGUCGGUAAUGGUCACCUCUCUUCCGGCAUCGCGAAAGACGGGGCAAUGGGCGCCAGUGCAGAACAAAACCAUUCACACAACGGAUCAGAAAACCCCUCUUUGCAACAGCUAACAACGUCCGCCGUGACUCAAACUUCAAAGGAGAAGGAUCGGGGUGAAGAACACGAAGCGUCAGCUACGACUGACCGCAAGUCAUCAGACAAGACAAAAAGCGCAGCCCAGGCAUCGGCGCCUGGUAGUGGAUGUGUACCCGAGCCGACAUCUGGCAUUUACGAUGCUAAGACGAAAGACGCGAGAAGUGCCGCUGAUGCAAAGAAUAACGCUGAUCUUUCACAGGGCACCACUCAACGCGGCACCAAGCAAAACAAGAAAACCUCCGGUACCGCUGGUGCGGCCGGUGCGUGCGUGAAAAACGCAUCAGCACCCUCUGUAAUCGCGGAAAGUAGCAGUGCGAGCUUAGAGAUUGUCAAGGACAAGGACUCAUCUAGUGCCGAGGAAGAGGAGGAGAAGACCCUGGACGUUACCGUGCAAAACAGCAACGCAGACGAAUUCAAUAUUCGGGAGACGGAAGUUCUUGAAUUGCCCUUGAAUCUGAUCCUGGAGUGCCAGCACCUGCGCAAUAAUGUGAGACUACUGGAUUCGUGUGACGGUACGGGCACAAUAAAAUCGACUUCGAGUCGUGCUGCUGAUGCAAAAACUGCUGAGCGCGCCGCCGGGCCAGAACUUUCGUCCUCGAAGAGUCUGAGCCUUGGAAGUAGCGAAACUGGCGCACCUGAAACCGGUGUCGCUUCGGCGGGAAGAGACCAGCCUGAGACUGUUGCCGGUACGGAAACUGACCCGUUGGCCAGCCUGGAACCACAUCAGCUCGAUGGAAGUAAUGGCACAGCAAAAGCGAGAAACAAUGGCAAUGCAGCCAGCUCGGCUGCCCCUGCUGCUCCCGCACGAGCAGGAAAUAAGGCGCAGCUGAGAAAAACAAAGAGCAAUAACAAAAAAUCAAAAGCGGCGGUACUAUCAAGUGUUUCUUUACUAGUGCGUUUACUUAAAGAGUUAGAGUUCAUCUUCAGAUUGUUUGCGCGCGCGUCUGAAACUGAAAGCAUUAUUUGCGCAAGGUGGUCUAACUCUAAGAUUAAUAACAUUAAUGUAAAGCCAAAGCCAUGUAGAGAUAUCGAAAUUCUUUAUGUAAGUGAACCACUUCUAGUUCUAUCACGAACAGGCGUUUCUACAGCUCGUGUAGAGUUAGAGUUAGGGUUAUUUGCCACUCUCGUCUCUACUUUUCCACGCCGAAUCAGGUUCGACGAUUCAAAUUGAAAUCAAUGACUUACAGGAAGAAGAGGAAGCGCUGAUGGCGGCCAUGAUUCGCGACAGCGAGCUCGAGCGCCAGCGGGAGGAAGCGGAAAAGCGUUGGACUGUUUUUAACGUGGCCGCGUCCGUGGCACGUUUUGGUCACCUGAACCGGGUCGCUUCCGGACUCGAUCGCCUGGAAACUUGGUGGUACAAGCAGCCCAACGACCUGUCCGCAUCAGACACAGACCAUGCGGCUGGUGCAUUUUCCCGAGCAACGCCACACCAGAAGGAAAAUACUGCUCCUGCUCCAAAUGAACGCGAGGAUGGGAAAAUCGCAGGAGCUUCAUCUUCGCCGACAUCGGCGCAAAAGCCCAGCAAAGCCUCAAAAGCAUCCGGCACGUCUCCGUCGCCGAAGAAAGGUGCGACCAACGCCGCACCGCGCACUGUAGAUGUUGAUGAUAAACACGGGACCAGUUGUUCGGGUUCCGCAAAGGAACCAAAUGAAAGCGUAAAGCUGGCCCAGGAGCUUCUAGAAGCUGGAGAUCUCGAGAAGCUCGAGCUAAGCGGUAAGAAUGCAUGUUGUUUCUGCUUGAUUUUUCUUUUUGUGCACGUACUUGUUUUUCAUUUUCUGCGACACUCACACUUCGCCCUGAAAAGCGAGCUGCACGCGACUGAUUUUAAUACUUAAGUACAUUUGUUUCCUUUUCGUCCUGUUCCUUUGUGUCCACCUUGGACACUUAAAGGAACGGGAUGAACAGCAUGCGCAUAAACAAUGGCGUGUCUAGAGCAGUGAGAUAUGGAUAUCAACAUUUUUUUUUCAACAACUCGCAAGAAAAAUAUACCACAGUCUCCUCCCGAUUGCCCGAGGUGGACUUCAACAUGUUGACGCAGCUGACGUAUUGGUAUGACCGACAGCGAACGCAGCUGAGUCUGCAGGACGCAGAGCGGCAACGGGACAGCAAAAUGGGCCGAUGGACUGCGAAGAUCUCGCGCGAGAAAAUUGUCUACGGCGCGGUGGCCACCGAGGUUCUUGUCGGCAAUGAGGACGAAGACCAAAUGGCUCCCGACGAGGGAGGCCAGGAGGCGGGGUCGGAGAUCAUGAAGAUGUCCGCCAGUAAGAAGAAACGGCUGCGCGCCAAGAAGAAAAAGCAAGCGGCAGGAGGUGUUAGUACAACGACCCCGGAGGUGGAGGUGGACCACGAGGACCGCGACGCUGAUAUUAACGUUCCGACCGACAUUCCAGAGGAGGCCCGUUCCGCGCACACACACUUGGGGCAAAAAGCAGCCACGAUCUUUCGCCGACCCCGCGGUAUCGACGUCACGAGGUUGCAGACACUGCGCAGGGCCGCGAAGGUCUGCGGCUACGCACAGCUGGAGACUUUGGUGGAAGACACCAUCGAAAAGUUGCGGGUAGACAACUGUGCACGAAUAAGCUUGGCCGAACUAAAGAAGCACCGCACCCGCGAGUCGUGUUGGGUGGUCAUAGACUCGAAGGUGUACGACGUGACCCCAUUUUUACCGUUGCAUCCGGGAGGCGAAGACCUCAUCGUCAAAGCCGCUAGCUACGACGCUACAGGCGUCUUCGAGCUCACACAUGGGGAGGGACUACGGUAAGACUCACGAAAGCCUUGCUGCUUCCAUUUUUUUCAUUUUGAUUUGUUGUUGAUUGUUCCUCUUCGACGUCGUACUAAGCGCAUCUUCUCGUUUUUUUUCGGUAGGAAUCUUUUUAAUGCUUUGAAUGCGUAUACGUACACGUAAUUGUAGCGCAGCUCGUCAUCACAUGGAUAUGCGUUUCUUUGUUGUGUGUUUCAGGUACUCGCUGCGCAUCUUGAACCAAUUUUUUAUCGGGUUGGUAGCCGACAGCGUCAAACUGGAAUCUUUCCCGGACACGCCACCGCCGAGUCCCGAAUUUCUCGCAGUGUUGCGCAGAAUAACAUCCGCUCUCCAUGACAUCGACGAAGAGAAUGCAACGGGAGAAAACCAGACACGGUACUGAUGCACAAGCGUCGUAUGGGUUACUUGUACUUGAAUAUCGCGAACGCUCGAACAAUGUGGUUGGGAACUACGAUGUCGUACACCUACAUUCGUGUAGUCGGCUCCCUCUAAAGGAAGUCCCUUUCGGGCCAUGCUGUGUAAAAACUCUUCCGAAAUUCUGUGUCUCCCACUCACGUCUAUCCAUUGAUCUCUGGUUCAAAACUACAAAACGACAUUUCGCGUUCGAAGAACAGCGACACGGCUACGGCAUUGACUUUCGCACUUCCACCGAUGGUGCAGAACAUGGAAUCGGCUGCGCAAUCCUUCCGGCGUGCUUGCGGAUCUUCCAGUAUGACUCCGAAUAAUAAUGUACUUAAUGGUGGCUGAGGCUGACCGUGCCCGUGACUCCGAAUAAAAUGUAACACAGUAGUUUACGGCACUCAGCGCAUAACUUUAAUUGCGAAAGAAAAUGAACCAAGCGGAAAAAGUUCGAAGAACGCAUCGCACGCAAGAAGAAUCCAGCGACAGAGACUUUAGACGACAAACAUCACGCCUAAGGGUGUAAGUAUCUCGAACGCGGCAUGAGGUCGCAAUCCAGCUUAGAGUAGAAU